AAUGGAUAUCCAUGCAGCCAGGCGAAAACCGUUAUACAUGGAAACACUAACUUCUAUGGUGUGGUCGCAAGGGACUUGAACCCUAUGGUCAACGCUCGAUAUCUUCGUAUCAAUCCUCAAUACUGGAAUGGCUGGCCUUGUCUAAGGACCGACUUCAUGGGAUGUUCUGCGGAUGAAGUAAGGCCAACUGCCCCUUCACCGAUAAAGUCAUACAACCUUGACUUUUGUCUGACUCCAUCAAGCAAGAGUUGUUCCCCACGUGACAACGACCCCAUCAUAUUUGUAACCGGUAGCAGGUGCUCAGAGAGACAUUUUCAAUUCACGCGUGGCAAAGACGGAUUGUUACGCCACGCUUGCAGUGGGAAAUUGGUCUGUCCCGAAAAUGGCGGGACGCAUAAUGGUGCAAAGAUUGUUGUCAGCAGGACUUGUAAAGUUGCAGACUCGAAAUUUCUACGAGUCGUAGGGCGAUCUUUAAAGCACGCCAAAUCUGGCAGAUGUAUCCAUACCUCUGGAGCCUGGCCAGGAAACGGGAGACAGAUGGUACUGUGGUCUGGAUGCGAAGAGCAAAGGCUACAACUGUUUUUCGGGAAACAAGAUUGUGUGGAGCCACUUGGAAUGCAGAACGGUGAAAUCAAAGACCGCCAGAUUACUGCUUCCUCGGUGAGAGCUGAGGAAUUCGCCAAGUAUGCAAGGCUGAAAGGAAAAAAAUACUGGUGUGCCAAAGCCAAAAGCAAAACCGAAUAUCUACAAGUUGAUCUGGGAAAGGUUAAAACCGUCAGUAAAAUCUUGAUGCAAGGACGUGGAAACUGGUACGACUGGGUGACCGGCUUCUUCUUACACUACAGUUCUGAUGGCCGGCGGUGGAAAACGUAUGCUCAGAGUGGUGACGAAAAAAAAUCCGAUUCCUUCUGUUACCUUGGAAAGUGCAGCGAAACUCUUGACACUCAGUGUAAGGACUUAUGGGGAGCUACCGCCAAAAACGCUGACCAAGGAUGCUAUGACAAGCUGAACACUGAGGCUAGAGGAUAUGGUACAUGUGAUCCAAACACCAAAAAGAGAUGUGCUGCAAGCGAUGUUUUAUGCGGCCAGCUGCAAUGUGAAGCGGACGAAAGCAGAAAAAAACCUGUUGUUGACUAUGGACGGGCCAGAGACAAAAAAAUAAUUUUGCCUGCUGUACAACUGAAAGGUGGUGACAGUAUUGGACUGGGAAUGGUAAGAGAUGGAACGAAAUGUGGACGCAAUAAGAUGUGUAUCAAUAACAAGUGCCAGUCACUAAGUUCUCUCAAUCUGGUUGGCAAGUGUCCAGUGGUCGGCAACAAAGAGUGUGCGGGAAGAGGGGUCUGCACUAAUAAAAAGGUUUGCCACUGCCAAGGAGGAUUUAAUCCCAGAAACGGUUGUACGUCAGGUGAAGAGAAUCCCGAACACUCAGGAGGAGGAGGAGAAUCUGGAGAUGAUGAAGACGAUAUGAGGGAGGAAGACGAUGAGAUGGAAGAAGAAUAUGAAGACGACGAAAAAGUUGGAAAAUAUGAGGAGGAAGAUCACGAAGAAUACCAAGAAGUGUUCUUUGGCGAUAACGCUGUAGAACUGAAAAGUGGUGACAGUGUUGGACUUGGAAUGGUAAGAGAAGGAACGAAAUGUGGACGCAAUAAGAUGUGUAUCAACAACAAGUGCCAGUCACUAAGUUCUCUCAAUCUGGUUGGCAAGUGUCCAGUGGUCGGCAACAAAGAGUGUGCGGGAAGAGGGGUCUGCACUAAUAAAAAGGUUUGCCAUUGCCAAGGAGGAUUUAAUCCCAAAAACGGUUGUAAGUCAGGUGAAGAGAAUCCCGAACACUCAGGAGGAGGAGGAGGAGAAUCUGGAGAUGAUGAAGACGAUAUGAGCGAGGAAGACGAUGAGAUGGAAGAAGAAUAUGAAGACGACGAAAAAGUUGAAAAACGAGAGAAAGAUUACGAAGAAGACCAAGAUAUGUUCUUUGGUGAUAAGUAA